AUUCUGUCCGCAAUCACGCGUGAUGCAACGCCGGUACACAUGAGGCAACUCAUCUUCACGAUAUAAACAACUCAUGAGCAAGCGACGUUCACAUUAGGCGUAUUGUCCUUAUAGAUCCAAGGACGAAGCAAAAACUCGGCUUAUCAUUUCGGCCUCUCGGUUGUUCAGACCGUAGAGUCCGCUUGUGUAAGAUUAUGGGGCCUGGAGUGCUUGAAACCCCGGCGAAGGCUCGAUCGCAAGCCUCGCCCGGCAAUCAAGCAAUUGCGGACUCCAUUGUCGCUGCAUGGAAUCCCUCCAAUACAGAAGACCGUCACCAGCAAGGACAGCAACAACAGCAGCAGCAGCCUCUUCAAUCCAACCAACAAAGCAAGACAUCUCGAAACCAGCCCCUGCCACGCCGCGUUUGCACAGCAUGCCGUCGCCGGAAGGUCGGUUGCGACAAGAAACAACCGUGUCAUCACUGCGAGAAGUCUGGAACAGACUGUGUCUAUCCGCCUGAAGGAAGCUCGGCUGCGCGGCAGUUUCUCACUGACAAUCAGCUGUGGGAGCAGCUUCACCGUCUGGAGCCGAUGUUCAAGACCUUGGCAGAAUGUAUGCAACAAGGCAAUAUUCCAGGAUCCUCUGCCCCCAUCGUAGGGUCAAGCUCCCGUCCAGAUUCUAUAUCAACACUCCCUCAAACGCAAUUCGCAGAAGUCAAUAAUGAUUCUACCUCACCUUCACCACCAACACCCCCAAAUUCAAUCGGCUCGUCGACAAGCGCCUGUAGAGAUAUAGGGAAAGAGAGCGUCGCGGUCAAUUUCACCACUUUGCAGGUGGAACAGGCUGUGAUCUCUCUCGGCCCGAACUCUCCGACGGGGAUUCUUGAUUCCACAGUCGGUGACGCAUCGAAUAUCGAGAUUCCCAACAUUGACUGUGACAGUGCUCAAGGUGAUUCGGUCAACUCUUGGUCGCCGUACGGGACCUCGACGGGGAAGCUCGUCAAGGAUGACGGUCGUGAAAGAUACGUCAGUGGAACAUUUUGGGAAGCUUUGCAUACCGAGAAUGACUUGGACGAUGGCAUGAUCAGCGAGGAUGAUUCCGAGUUUGAAGAGCCGACAUCAUCGUCUCGGUCAGAACUUUUGCAGUAUUCCUUGCUAUCUACUAGUGGCACCCAAGAAGCCGACACUUACUCUCUACAUCCCCCUCGCAAUCAGAGACUAGAAGCAUGGCAGCUAUACAACACCAACGUACACCCUGUCGCUACCGUCCUGCACAUACCCUCGAUUGAACCGGCCGUCCUCGAAGCAAUGCACAACCCACAAAAUCUUGCGGCCCCCUUGGAAGCCCUCUUGUUUGUCAUCUAUGUCGGUGCAGUAAACAGUCUGUCCGAUGAUGAAUGCGCUGCGCGUUUCGGAUCAGCUCAAUGUGAUUUGUUGGGGAAAUUUCGGCGAGGUGCUGACGCUGCGUUUGCUCGUGCGAGGUUGAUGGUAACGGAUGAUAUGCUCACACUGCAAGCCUUUGUGGUUUACCUCGUUACGUUACGUUGCAGAGACCCUACGUAUUCAUGGAGCAUGACAGGACUAGCUGUGCGGCUUGCUCAAUCCCUAGGCAUGCAUCGAGAUGGGAGCACGUUCAAUCUCCCCCCCUUCGAAGCUGAAAUGCGUCGACGAUUGUGGUGGAAUAUCUGCAUUCUAGAUACGCCAGCAUCCGAAGACUACUCAUGUUCAUCUGGCCUUCUAGAGUUGAGUAGCUUCGAUUCAAGGCCCCCAAUCAACGUGAAUGAUGGGGACCUAUACCCGGGUAUGACAGAGUACCCCUCCGAGUCUAAGGGAAUCACGACCAUGUCCUUCACUGCUGCCCGUUGCUGGGCAUCAGAUAUCUGGCGGACGAUAAUUGACACUCGGAGAAUCGACUCAACAUCCGGACUGAACUUUGUCUCAAUGACGAUAGUCGACAAGGAGGCCUGGGUUGAGAGACAGCAAGAAAACAUCGCCAGCAAGUUAUCCGAGGGUCAACCAUCUCAUGGCUCUUUACACUGUCUUACAACCUCCUUUGUCGGCACUAUUGUCGCAAAUCUACGCCUUAUGGUCCUCAACCCAUUAUCAUCUGUUGUUUCCCUCACCGACGAGCAAAAGAGGCGCGCUUUCCAGAACGCCAUCGAGUGUAUGGCGCAUUCAUACCGUCUCCGGACUGACCCGCAAGUAGCGCAGUGGUCAUGGCUUACAAAGUGCUACAAUGAGUGGCACGCUUUUGCGGUUGUUCUUUCAGAGCUGUGCAACCAGCCUUUGGGUAGGGAUGCCGACAAGGCAUGGCGAGUUGUGGAGCAAAGUGCUGUUCUUCGUUGGGAUUCAUCGACGAGGCAUAGUCGGGUGCACCAGUGGCGCUCAGUAAUGAGAAGUAUUGACAAGGCGAGAAGACGGAGAAAGAAGGAGUUGGGUCGCCGGAAGUCGUUUUUAUCAGAUCGGCGCUCAUCGUCGGCAUCCUCUGCUGCGAAACGUCCGAUAUUGGGAGGUCGGUUCUCGUCUAAGGGCAUUGCAAGACCACACGCCAGCGCAAAUCUUGUUCAAAGAGACAAUGCUCAGUCGGGUGUAGUUUCUAUGCCCCGUAGCGCUGAGCGACAAUUUGACACAGCGAUGUAUAAUGCAGACGAGAUGAUAGGGCCCCUCAUGGAGAUGGACGAUAUGUGCGAUUUCACCAACGCAGACGGUCAAUUGUAUUUUAGUCAUACUUAG